AUGGCAACGUCAAUGCACCUGUCAAAACUUCGGAAAUGGUUCCUUGCAUCUCCGCCCAUCGAGAUGGCUAUAUCGAAACUCCGAGAGCUGCUGAUUGGAGCAAUCAGGCAGGGGCCAGUUCCACAACAUAUCGCGUUCGUGAUGGAUGGAAACCGAAGGUUCGCAAGGACACACGGGAUUGAGACAGUGGAGGGACACAAUCUGGGGUUUGAGGCACUGGCAAGGAUUCUUGAGGUCUGCUACAGAAGCGGAGUCAAAGUUGUCACAAUCUACGCAUUCAGUAUCGAAAAUUUCAAACGCUCCAAGUUCGAGGUGGAUGCCCUAAUGGAAAUGGCUAGGGUGAAGUUGUCGCAAAUGGCCCAGCAUGGAGAGAUCCUCGAUCGAUAUGGCGCAAAGGUCCGAGUGUUGGGUCGGUUGGACUUGCUCAGGCCUGACGUUCUGAAAGCAGUGAAUCGGGCGAUGGAAAUGACAAGUAACAACGGCGACCGGGUCCUCAACAUCUGUUUCCCGUACACAUCGCGCGACGAAAUCACCAGUGCGAUCCGUGACACCGUUGCAGACUACAGCCAACCAUUAAGACCGCGCUCCUCCUCCCUACGGACUCCAUUCUCCGAGAGUCAUAUUGCGCUUAAUAUCCAAGCACGGAACCAAAAUACAAAUCCCGAGGAUACGAGUAGCGAUAUUGAAUCUACUUCCGAAUCCUCAGCCCAGGGAGAAGAAGGAGCUGCGAAACACGAUCGUCCAAAUAAGGUCUACGAGACCGGAUCUGCUUUCUCAUCAUCUACGACCCUCGAUCUCGCUGGCCACCAGGAUAGUACGAAUUUGAAGAAAGCAACUCAGGGAGCUAGCGCCGAGUCGGAAAACCCGGCUUACUUGUCACCAGAGACCAUCACGCGGCAAACUUUAUCAGACCAUCUGCACACGAAAGACAACCCGCCCCUGGACUUGCUGAUCCGCACGUCUGGAGUGGAGCGUCUUAGCGACUUUAUGCUCUGGCAAUGUGAUGAGGACACGGAUAUUGUCUUUUUGGACGUCCUCUGGCCUGAAUUCGAUCUGUGGCACUUCCUACCAGUUCUGCUAGGGUGGCAGAGAAGGGUUUCAAAGUCGAGGAAGAAUCCGGAUGCGGAAGGUGAUUUCGAUGGCGAUGCUGUCGGAUCAAACGGCUUGAGCGACCAAGUCUUAAGCCCAAGUGCAAAGGUCAAGGACUUGUAA